AUGGCCCGGCUGCUCUGCAUCGUCAGCAUCCUGCUCUGCUGCCCCGAGCUGCUGCAGGGGAAACCCUCAGAGUACCAGCUGGAGUCGGAGAGCCUGAGCCGAUGUGAGCUGCUCAGGGAUGUGGCUGUUGCUAGGCAACAAGCUGACGUCCCUCACUGCUCCGAGGACGGCGGCUUCAGACCGCUGCAGUGUGCUGGGCGGGGUCAGGAGUGCUGGUGUGUGGACGCCGGAGGUCAGGAGGUCGCCGGGACUCGAACCAACAGCUCUGCCCUUCACUGCCCGACCCCCUGCAGGCUGCAGGCGGCGCUGCGCUGCUCCCCGUCAGGCCUCUUCCUGCCGCUGCAGUGCGACGCCAGCAGGGGGCAGUGUUGGUGCGUGGACCGGGACGGCAUGGAGCUGUACGGGACCCGGCAGGCCGGGGGGACCCGGCAGGCCGGGGGGACCCGCACAUGUCCGGGCAGCUGCCAGGUGAGGGCCCGCCGCCUCCUCCACGCCGGUGCCGGUGCCGGUGCCGGCACCGGUACCGGUGCUGCGUCGCCCCCCCAGUGCGCGGCGGACGGCAGCUUCCUGCCGGUCCAGUGCAGGUUCAUCAACACCACGGACCGGGCCGAGGUGGACCUGCGGCCCGCCUUCAGCAGGUUCCCGGAAGCCUUCCAGACGUUCGGAGGGUUCAGGAAGUUGUUCCCGGCCGUUUCCUCGUACUGCUUCUGCUCCGACAGCCGCGGCCGGGAGCUGGAGAACACAGGUGUGGAGCUGCUGCUCUCGGAGGUCUACGACUCGGCGGCGGUGGGUCUGCCGUCGGGACGCAGCUUCUCCCAGACCAACGUCUACAGGGUCCUGCAGAGGAGGAUGUUGGGAGUUCGCCUCGCCGCCACCGGCCGCUUCAGAUGUCCGUCCCGCUGCGAGGAGGAGCGGCGGGCGGCGCUAGCCUCGUCCAGCGUCUACGUCCCGUCCUGCGAGGAGGGCGGAGCCUACAGCCCCAGGCAGUGCCAGCGGGGGGGCCGGUGCUGGUGCGUGGACCCCCACGGGUCAGAACUCCCUGGGUCGGGGCGUCGGGGCGGUGGAGACUCCCUCGUCUGCAGCGGAGGUUCUGGUCCGGUUGACUGUCCCUCCCGGCGCCGGCUGGUUCUGUCCCGGCUCUUCUCGGGUCCCGUGGAGCCUCCGUCCCAGACCUCCUCCGUCAGCUCCUCCUGCCGGGCUCUCCGGCGGGCCCUGGGGGGCCAGGCGUCCCUGGUCUCCGUCCUGGGGGACGUCCUCCGCGGCGUCUUCCCCUCCGUGGGCGGGGCCCACCGGGCCCUGCGUGGCUCCGCCCCCCGCCGGCUGCAGGAGAACCUGUUCGGGGGGAAGUUCCUGAAGAGCGCGGCGGCCCUGAACUUCAGCGGGGCGCUGGGGCCCCGGGGGGCCCUGGGCCUGGACCAGCUCGCGUCUCAGGAGGUCCUGACCCGCCUGGAGGAGAACCGGGACCUGGUCCGGUCCGUCAGCAGAGUCCUGGAGGACCCGGCCUUCCUGUCCGCCCUGCAGCAGAGCCUGACGGGCCUCAGCAGCUCGGCGCCGCUGGACCAGGUCCUGGCGCCGCUGCUGCGCUCCUGCUCCGGCGAGGAGGACACCACCUUCGUCCCGCGCUGCUCCCCCGGCGGCGGCUUCAGGGAGGUGCAGUGCGGCGCCGGCGAGUGCUGGUGCGUGGACCCCCGGGGCCGGGAGGUGGACGGGUCCCGGACGGCGGGGCGUCCGCGCCGCUGCCCGUCCCGCUGCGAGGCGGCGCGGGCCGCCGCCCUGAGGUCCAAGGCAGACAUGGCCGCCGGGGCCGAGCUCCACGUCCCAGCAUGCUCGGAGGGCGGGGACUUCCUGCCGCUGCAGUGCGUCGGGUCCCGCUGCUUCUGCGUGGACGGCGAGGGGACGAGGACCGGCGGGCCGGCAGGGGACGCCGUCUCCUGUCCAGAGGAAACCCCCCCGAAGCUUCAGUCUACAGGUCGCUGCUCCGACGUGCUCGCCGAGGUCACGACCUUCAGACAGGAAGUGAGGAGCAUCAUGGCUCUCUCUAACUCCUCCCACCUCCCGCUGGGAUACGGACUCCUAUUGGCUGAAGGUUUGACCCUCGACGACCUCCGGAUCGGCCAAUCAGAGGAGGAGCUGCAGGUCUCGGAGAGGCUGCUGGGCGGAUCCAGAGCUGCGCUGCGAUUGGCUGCUUUCUCCACCGUGCAGAUGCUGCUUCCUCCUGGCCGCUGCUCUUACCAGCCGUUCACUCCCCAGUGUGACGCCGCCGGACGCUGGCUGCACACGCAGUGCUACCACAGCACAGGUCAGUGUUGGUGUGUGGACGAGGACGGCGAGUACGUCCCCGACUCCCUGACCAGCCGCUCAUCUCACCUGCCCCAGUGUCCGACCCGCUGCCAGAGAGCUGAGGCUCACUUCCUGCUCUCAGGUUGGAGGCGGGGCUCUGACAUCACCGCCAGGUACCGCCCACGCUGUGAGCAGGACGGGAGCUUCGCGGUUCUGCAGACCAGCGGCGGCGCCGGCUGGUGUGUGAAUCCCACCACCGGAGAGAGGCUGCAGACGGCGACAAGGAGCGCCGCGGGACAGCUGACGUGUCCAGGUCCCUGUGAGCUCCAGGGCCUCCAGUGUCGCCCCGACGGCUCCGUCGCCCCGCUGCAGUGUGACAUCACUUCCUGUUGGUGUGUGUCUGAUGACGGACAGGAAGUGCGCGGGACCCGGGCCGCCCGCCGGACGGGAGCGACGCCGUCAUGUGACCGUCCGCUCUGCCCCGCCCCCACCAUUACCCAUGGUGCACUGCUCUGUCGCCGAGUCGCCGACGGCCGCCAGAGCUGCGACCUGCUCUGUCACCGUGGUUACCAGAACUCCCUCCCCGCCAGCAGCUUCCUGUGUGAGACGACGAGUCAGCGAUGGGGCGGAGCCCACCGGCCGCUGGGCGGGGCCUGUCAGGUGUCUCGGCCGCUGCAGACGGUGGCAGCGGAGCAGCUCUGGUCUCUGCCGGCGUCCUGCUCCGGGACCGGUCCCGACCCGGUCCUGAACCGGACCGGAGGACUGGAGGCGCUGCUGGGGGAGGAGAUGGCCAGCAGGGGGCUCUGCUCCGCACAGCUCCCCUCCUCCACCAGGUCCGUGUCUCUCUGCGGCGACUCCUCCGUCCGUCUCCGGUGUGACGGAGACUCUCUGAGGGCGACGUUGACCUGGAGCUCCGCCCUCUCUGACCUCCCGACCUCUGACCUCCCCGACCUCCACGACGUCGCUGAGUUCCUGAGUGGAACCGGACCUGAGGAAGAGAUCCGGGAACUUCUCCGCUCCACCCUGAAGUCAGAGCCCAGACUGGUUACCGUGACGACGCCCACCUUCGGCUGUUCCCGUGGUUACCGCCUGAGCGGCGACGGAGACGGCUGCCUCGUUUGUCCCGCCGGAAGCUUCUUCCAGGAGGGGGCGUGUCUCGCCUGUCCGGAGGGAACCUAUCAGGGAGAAGAGGGGCGGGACUUCUGCACCCGGUGUCCCAGAGGCUCCUCCCCCGCCGGAGCCUCGUCUGUCAAUCAAUGUGAGACGGCGUGCCGGAGGCAGGGCCUGCGCUGCUCCCAGCGAGGAGACUUCCUGCCGGCUCAGGCUGACGCCCCCUCCGGCAGGUGGAGGUGUGUCAGCGGCGAGGGGGCGGAGCUUGAGUGGACGGCCAGCGACACGACUCUGACGGACGACGAGUGCUCAGUUCUCCGCAGGUUCCAGCUGGUUCCUGCAUCAGACCUGAUAGUUGGAUCUACAGACGCUGAAGUUCUGCAGACGACGACCUCUGACCUCACUUCCUGUGUCCAGGCCUGCGCGGCGGAUCCGUCCUGCCACCACGUGGCGCUGCUCAGCGGACGGACGCGGUGUGAACUGUACAGCAGCGACACCCUGAACACGCAGUGCAACGCCUCGCAGCAGACCAGGGGGUUUCUGGGUAAUCCCGAGGCCGAGCUCUUUGAUUGGCUGAGCUGCUCCCUGAGGGUGAGGGGCGGGGCUUCAGAUCUGCUGGUCCUGAGGAAGAAAGGGGCGGAGUUUUCCUCGCGGCAGCAGCAGCGCAGCUUCACCAGGAUGAGGAUGACGAAGGCCGUCUCAGGCGUGUUCAGGACUCAGGUUUUCUCGUCCCGCCGGACGUCCGUCUCCGACGCCCAUCGCUUCUGUCAGGACGGCUGCAGCCGCGACGCCUGCUGCCACGGAUUCAUCCUCAACCAGAACACGCUGGGCGGAGGUUCCCUGCUCUGCGGUUGGCUGAGAGCGCCGGCGGUGCUGAUGUGCGGGGACCAGGACUGGGACGUGAUUGGACGAGGACCUGCCGGGCGGGUCUGCGGGGCGGGGCUUAGCUACAACGAGCAGCAGCGCAGCUUCGUGUUCGACUUCGGGGGACAGAAGUUUACCGUCGACGAUGCCGCUCUGCCGGCAGACAGCAAGAACAAGGACGACUACCAGGCCUCCAUCGUGGGCUUCCAGGCCGUCUACCUGGACACAGAUUCCGGCGGCGUCUCGUCCUCCUGCGCUGCAGCAGACGCCGGUCCUCCUCUGGACGCGUCGGUGCAGCGGGGGUUUGAGUCUCUGUCCCCCGACGACGUCCUGGUGGAUCCUGACAGGAAGCUGCCGGCUCUCUCCUUCUGGCUCAACAAGGACAACUACGACUCCCAGCAGGCACUGCUCUGGUGUCUCACCCGCUGCGAUGAGGAGCAGCUCUGCUCCGUCGUCGACCUCAGAGACGACUCCGACCCCCCCGGGUUCUUCUCCUGCCUCCUGUUCCCCGACAGCAGAGUCUGCGGCGCCUACGACAAACCCCUGAGACGGGCCUGCCGCCCCCUGCUGGACCGAGAGCCCAACAACACCUUCACCAGGACAGUGGAUCUCUCUGGACCGGUGAAGAGUUUCUACGAAAGAGUUUCCUUCCACAAAAUGGUUUCCUACUCCGUUCGCAGCCGAGUCUCUCUGACGGAAAACACACCGCUGUCCGAGGGGUUCAGGGACUGUGAGCGUCGCUGUGAUCAUGAUCCUUGUUGCCGCGGCAUCGGAUUCGUCCGGGACACAAAACCCCCAGGGCUGGUGUGUCUGGCUCUCAUCUCUCUCGGGGUUCAGACCUGCGGCGAGGACGACAUGACGACCUGGAGAACUCAGGACUGCAGCCCGUCUGAAGUGAAGACCAGACCAGAACCGCUGGGCUGGUACCUGAAACCUGUCAAUCAGUGGACGUCGUCUCCAGAUCUCUGUCCUCCGUUCAGCCUCCCGGAGACCAAGAACAACGUGUCGAUGGACGAGUGGCGUCUCCUCCCGGACUCUUCGGUCCUCGUCGACCCGUCUCUCUCCACGUAUGAUGUCAUCCAUGUGAGCCGUGACAUCGCCGCCGACCGCAACCGGACCAGGGACUGGUGUCUCCAUGCCUGCCAGGAGGCGGAGUCUUGCGUGGCCGUGUCACUCAGGGAGGCGGAGCCUGCAACCCGCUGCGUCCUGUACCCCGACACCACCGUCUGCGGGUUAAGCUCCGCCUCCCGCCCCGCCUCCUCCUGCCGACUGGUCGUCAGGGAGACGGCCUCCGAGGUGUACCUGAGGACAGAGCCGCUGGCGCCGGUCACGUCCGUCUCCGUCCCGGGUCACGGGACGCUGCAGGGCGUUGCCGUGGAGACGGCGGUGGGCCCAGACGUGAGGACGGUGGUCCAGUUCCUCGGAGUCCCGUACGCUCGUCCCCCGACCGGACCGCUCCGCUUUGAACCGGCGCAGCCAGCCGAUUGGACGGGGAGCUGGGACGCCACCAAACCUCGUCCCAGCUGCGUCCAGCCAGGAGACGGGGCCUCAGCUGCGUCCAGCGAGGACUGUCUCUACCUGAACGUCUUCAGCCCUGCUGCUCUGAGGACUCCAGUUCCCGUCCUGGUUUUCUUCUUCAACCCUUCAGCCAAUCAGGAGCCGGGGAUCCUGGACGGCUCCGCCCUGGCGGCCAUGGGCAACAUCGUCGUGGUAACGGCCAGCUACCGGACGGCAGCGCUGGGCUUCCUGAGCACGGCUGGUCUCCGUGGUAACUACGGCCUGUCGGACCAGGAGGCGGGGCUUCGCUGGGUUCACGCCCACAUCGCCCUGAUGGGCGGAGACACCCGGAGGGUGACGGUGGGGGCGGAGCGUCAGGGCGGUGACAUCACCAGUCUGCACCUCCUCUCCUCCUCCCCUCCCCCGUUCCAGCGGCUGGUGCUGAUGGGCGGCUCGGUUUUCUCUCCGGCGCUGGUCCAGUCGGCCGCCUCCUCCAGACGUCAGGCGGAGGAUUUGGCCCGAGAGCUCGGCUGCUCCAGCUCUGACGUCACCGACGAGGACAGGACGGCGUCCUGCCUGAGGGCGGCGCCGGUCCAGCAGCUCAACGCCGCUCAGACCAGACUGCUGGCGGCCAGCGGCCCGUUCCGGUCCUGGUCCCCGGUCCGGCCCGCCUCCCCGGCGCCGGCGCUGCACGCCGUGGACCUGCUGCUGGGAACCUCGGAGCACGACGGCCUGAUCAGCCGGGCCCGCAGGAUCAAGGACGUGGAGGCGGCGGCGGGUCGAGCCGACGGCCCGACGGCGUUCUACGCGGCGCUGAGCCGCUCGCUGGGCGGCGCCGCGGGCAGCGAGACGCUGAAGGAGGCGGCGGCCUGGUUCUACUCGCUGGACCACGGGCCCUCGGCGCCGGGUUACAGCCGCUUCUCCAGGGCGCUGGACAACGCCACCAGGGAUCUGUUCAUCGUCUGUCCGGCGCUGCAGAUGGCGACACACUGGGCCGACAGCCGGGCCAACGUCUUCCUGUACCACCAACCGGCCUCCAGAACCCACGACAGGGCGGACGGCUCGGUUCCCCUGGACGUCCAGCUGGCCUUCGGCGUUCCUCUCCGUCCCUCCGGCGCUCAGCGCUUCACCCCGGCUGACCGGCGCCUCUCUCUGGCCGCCAUGACCUACCUGUCCACCUUCACCAGAACCGGGAACCCGAACCCGUCCCGGUUCUGGCCCGAGUCGGCGCUGCCGCGCUGGCGGCCGGUCCCGCCCACUGAGGCUCCGCCCACUUACCUGGAGCUAAGCCCCGCCCUCCGGCUCCGGCGGGGCGACGCCCACAAAACCUGCUCCUUCUGGACCCAGCUGGGACCCAAACUGACCGGUGCGUCGGGGGCGGAGCCUGCACCGAUGCCACUGAUCGCCGAGCUCCCACUGGCUUCAUCCUCCGACCAAUCACAGGCCGAGAAAGACGCCUACAACUAGACCGAUGACAUCACUGCGAUGACAUCACUGCUUCACCUCCCAUAAUUCAGUUUGAUUCAAGCAGCUUCUGUUGAUCAGUUUCCAAUAAUCAAUAAAAACAUC